AUGGUGCGCAUGGUUGGGCGCCUCAGGAUGCUGAGAAAGGCCCUGAGCUUCGCGCCGCCGACGCCGCCGUCGCCAGCAGCCUUCGCAGUAGCUGGCAGGAGGGCGACGGAGCUUGCAGGGGAUGCAGCAGUGCGAGUCUUGCGGUACAGGUGGCAUUUCGGACUUCCCCAAGGAAGCGCGUGCAAAAGAGCACUUGGGCUUGCAAGGGACUCUGCCGGCGCUUCCUAUGAGAAGGCUAAGGAGGCUGAACCUUCGGUGGCUCUCACACCUUCCUUGCAGAUAGCACGCAGAGCCACGGAGGCUGCUGCAUAUGCUAAGCGAGUGCGAGUCCUUCCAUCAAAAGAGAGGGUUGAGGGUGCCGCGAUGGUUGCAAAAGCUGUAUGUGCAGUUGCCGCCGCCCCUGCUGUGGAGCGUGCGGCAGCAGUGGUUUCGCACAGUGCUUCUGCCGCUUUGAAGAUCGGCAAAGCCACUGAAGUUGCUGGGCAGUCCUUGUCUGAAACCGGUGAAGCCGAUGGCGACCCAGAAGCAAUUCGAUAUGGUGACGCGAUAGCUCGCACUGGUGCUAGGAUUUCAAGAGCAGCCACUACGCUGAAGUCUGCUGCGGAAGACACAUCGACCGUGGCUGCGAAUAUUUCGACUGUCGUAGCACCAACAUUCGCUCAGGGAUGCUACAAGGUGUGGAAGGGACCAAGUUGA